AUGUAUAGUAAACCGUCUGCUUUGCCCGAGGCUUUGUUCAAUUUUGGUGCAUUGCGCUUUCCACUUUUGGUGACCUAUGUCCUCAGACAAGCUUCACCAUUUCCUCGAAGAGACUCUGCCCAAAGCCCCAUCCGGCCUGACACACCCCUCUCACAGUCAAGACCUCGUAGAAGCCCUCAACCUCAUCUAUCAGCAAACAUCGAGAAGGAAGCAAUACCAAUCGACAGUCAACCAAUUUGCUAUCGACAUGGCCGCAAGCUUAAGCUUAGAAAGGGCGUACCAGCCGGCAUGGACAGGGCUUUUAGUGGUGCGUACAUUCCUACUGGCCAUCGCAUCAGACAACAAGUCGACCCUCUGAGCCCGUGGGCUAUUGGCACACGUCUUGCUAAGACCAGUGGAACAACAGUCUCUCCCAAUAUCUGUCCUGACUGCCUCGCCGAACAACGAAUCAUGGAGCGCGAAACCGACAUGUAUGAACAGACUUCCCGCACCCGGAAGGGUCAACCUCUCAGAUCCGCAAGCAGCUCGAUAUUCACUGAAAGAGGAACGCCCCCUGAGCCUGACCAGCCAUCCAACGUUCUUGUGGGAACAAGCGUCGACAACCAAAUUGUCAAGGUACCUGGAGCCACUGUGUCUGAGCUGCCUCCAGAUAAGUUUGGUGGUAUCGUGGCGACCGAUCUUGGUGACAUGAUUGAUGCCAUCAUCGUUGAACACAGCGGCAGUCUAGACAAAGUCAUCUCCAACAUACGUAAUGGUAUGCCAGAUAGUGAUUGGACUCAAAAGCUCUCGCGCGACCUUACUAAGGUUUCGGAAGAGGUAGCAUCUCUUCCAAAGGAUAACAUCAGACAAGCUCCAGCUUUCUCCCGGAACAUCAACGGCCGACGCUCAAUCAUACUGGAUGCUUCACCUGAUUGUCUCCGAAGACGAGCGAAGACCAUGCCUGACCUGCUCGACUUGGUUGAUGCUGCAACACAGGAAUUUGGCAUGAUGAGCUCAAACAGUCGAGAGCAGAAAUUCAACCUUGAUCGCCCGCUCAUGCCAGGCGAGUUUCCCAACAGCCCGUCCACUCUUCCAUCUGCCAACGUCGAACCAGCUGUGCCAUCUUCCUCUUCUUCGCAAUCGAUUGAGUCCGUGCUGCCAUUUGCAUCGCCUCAAGCAUCUGGACCAACAAUCACAUCUGAGCAAGUGGUGGCGAACAAUCAGGUCUCUCAGGCAUCACCUAUCAUGACUUUAGCAAUGUCGGCGAAUUCUCAAGCGUCUGAGGCGGAUGAAGAUGAGGCGACCCUUGUGGAGGCUGAGGUGCCAUUACCCAGCACGAAUCCAUCUUUGGGGGCCAUUGGAGAUGGGGCUAGACCUGGUGUAGCAUCUACUACUCAGCAGCGGAGUCGAAUUCCGAAAGCUACCACAAUACCCUCGAUCAGGCCUUUGGAUAUAUCGUCCGACGCAUCUCGCAUUGAUCAGGUCAGACCAAAGCCUAGUGUGGUGGCCAAGCAGCAUCAACAGCAGCGGACAUUUCAGCAAAGAUGGCUGAGGGAUGCGGCUGUUGCUGAAAGGGCUGAGAGGCGGAGCCGAAGUAGGAGCAGAGGUGCAACUCGUGUAUGA